UAUGCUCCGAGGACAAACACUUCAGGAAGAGCUCUCUAAUCCUGUUCGAUUGUUAAAAAGUUUAGCAGAUACAUCUCCAGAUCGAAUAUCUUUAAUUGGAUUACACCAAAGAAUAUCCUAUUCGGAAUUAUUUACGAAUGCUUUAAAUCUAUCGGAAUAUUUACAAACAUAUAACUGUAACCAAAAAGUUAUUGGUAUUGUUAUGGAAUCCUCAAUUGAGCGAAUUGUGGCAAUAAUUGCUGUUUGGAUAAAGAAGUGUAUAGUGUUGGCUUUCGAUCCUCAAAUACAACCAGAAUCUUUUAUUAUUGAAAGAAUAAAGGAAAAUAAUGUUGAUUUAGUAAUUUCAAACUGUAACGCAAGAAAUCAUUUCGCUCCAAUAGUUAUAAAUUAUAAAGAAGCCAUGAAUUCUAUUCCUAUGACACGAACGAUAAAUUUAAACGAUUUAUCAUCAGGCGAUGUUUUAUGCAUAUUAUACACAUCCGGAUCAGAGGGGAAACCAAAAAAGAUCGAAUUGAGAAGCGAAUCGUUAAUUGUCCGUCUAGUAUGGCAAUGGCAAACGUUGCCUUGGCAAAAGAAGGAAAUCGCUUUGCAUAAAACGAGUAUUCUUUUCGUUGAUUCAUGGACGGAAGUAUGGGGAGCAAUUCUCAAAGGUGUUCCAUUAGUUAUUGCUAGUGAACAACAAAAGAUGGACGUCAACUCCUUAUUGAAUUUAAUCGAUAGUUUUAAAAUUACUCGAAUAGUUUUAGUACCCAGUGUUUUAGACCUUCUCUUGCAAAGUGGUAGAAGUUUACCAAACUUACAAACAAUAAUAUCAUCGGGUGAAAAACUUCCAUUAAAAUUAGCAACUGAUUGCUUAAAGUUUUGGAAUGAUAAGCUAUUGGUAAACCUCUACGGAAUGACUGAAGUAACUGGAGAUGUAACUUUUGAAGUUUUUAGAUCAAUUCCAGAUUUGAAUUCGAAAAUUUAUAAUUGCGCUCCGUCAGUUGGUCAACCUGUAUUUAAUACUAAUAUAUACAUUGUUAAGGAAAAUCGAAUUUGUAAUGAGAGAGAAAUUGGUGAAAUUUGCAUUAGUGGAGAUUUACUAGUUACUGCCAACGUUACUGAUAAUAAAUAUUCGAACGAAGGAAAGCAUAGUCGAAUAUUUUAUACUGGAGAUCAUGGUCUUAUAAGAGAAGGACGAGUUUAUGUUUUGGGUAGAAAAGACGACGAAUUAAAGUUAGCCGGUGCUAGAGUUCAACCCAGUCAAGUUAGCGAAGAACUGCUAAAAAUGCCUGCUAUAAGCGAAGCAUUCGCUAUGGGCCUAGAUAAUCGUUUAAUCCUUUACUAUACAUCCGAUAACAGCAUUACGAAUGAAGAUGCAGAGAAUUUCUUAAUCGAACGUCUCCCAAGUUAUAUGGUUCCGUCAAUAAUCGAAAAGAUUGAUUCCCUACCCAAACAACCACAUACAGGGAAAAUAGAUAGGCAAAAGAUAAGAGAUCUCUAUCAAAGUCAGUUUUUAAUUGAUAGACAAAAUGAAGAUGCCUUUUCCGAUAAGAUUUUGAUUAUAAUUGCAAAGAGCUUAAAGUUGGAUUCAAGCACAACCGACAUUGCUGCAUAUACAUUUCAACAGUUAGGAGGAAACUCUAUAUCAGCAAUGCAUGCAUCAGCACUAUUGGCUGAAGAAGGCAUGACAAUACACGCAUCACAAUUAUUUAAUUGUGGACAAUUAAAGAAUUUAACAGCAAUCUCAUCAAUACCUUAUAGUAUAGCAGAAGAUUAUGAAAUAUUUCCCUUAGAAAGUAUCCCCAAUCCAGAAAGAGGUAUUAAGCUAGUAGCUCAUUCUUUUGCGCUUAGCAACCCGUUAGAUGUUUUGGCUUGUACAAGCGAACAGUCGCUAGUAAGGCUAAUAACAGCAAUGUUUCCGGCUAUUCGCGGGGAUCAAUUAAGUUCUGCUUGCUUCUACAAAAAGAACUUGGUUGGAAUUCAGUUCACAAUGAAUGUGUCAAAUGAGGAGCCGCCGCAACAAAUUCGUCUGUGGCAGAAAACUCCUGUAGGGGCUAUAAAUACAGCGGCUGAAGCCGCUCCAUUGGAUUUCGCAAAGAAUUAUGGGGGACUAUGGGCAGAUUCGGUUUUAACUGCAAUUAAUUCGGAGCUAUUACAGCCAGAACAGAGAAUGGAAGUGUUAGAAAAACUAUUCAUAAAUGAAAUAAACGUUGUAAAAAGCAGAGGUAUCAAUGGAAUACUGACUGUUAACUCCCAUCCAGUAACCGCAGAUCUGGCGGAAACGUUUUUCGAUUAUAAGAUCGUUAGCAAAAUUCAUGCCUCUAGUUGGAAACAUUCAGAUGGAACAACCCCAUUUUCCAGAGCUUUAAAUAAUUAUUAUGUUCUUGGUAUGGUUAAGAUUUUAACAUGA